AGAGAAUGAUAGCAUAGAAAGCUAUGAGGGGGGGUACGCACAACAUCCGUGUGGCUACAGGUUUGCAUCGCAGACGAAUAGUAGACAUAGCAAAUCAUUUAAAAGUCCAGUUGCAUCUAAUUAAACAAGGGAAUCUGGCGACACUACUGUUUGUUCGGACUGAAAAGGCUUUGGCCCGAUCGGACAUUUCUUGGUAAGAUUGAGGGUCCUUGCUGUGUGAAGAUCUUUUGAACAUUAAAAAAAAAAAAGAAAAUUCAGUGUUUUCCCUCAUUUACAAGACAUUUGUCUACCUCAGGGUUAUCAUAAACUAAUCAGUUCCAUAACUGUUUAAUAUUUGGUGAAGGUCUUACAAGAUGGUAGAUGCAGGUCUAAAUUUUGUAUGUAUUUUUAAAUGAGCGCAUGAUUGUGCUAUUCAUCUGUCCUGCCUAGGUGCAAUGAUGAGCAACUAACUUGUGGUACUACAUGUUUUCAGUUAUGGUUGCUGACCUCGUUAAGGCACUUUCACUCAAAUUACUGGAAACUUAUGUCAUGUUUUUAUUAUAGUCAUGACUGAGACUGAAACUUGUGAAGGUUAUUUGUUUGGUCUCUAUAAAUAUUUCUUAUCUGAUUAUAGGAUUUAUUCAAACUACCAUUGCUGCCCUGAAUAUCACAUUAUAUCAAGCACUUUUGGUCUGUUUUCAAAGCGGGCUAUGGAAUUUCCAAACUGUCUUCAGACAGCGAAUCAUCUCUUUUUUUGCCCCUCAGUCAUCUCUGAAUAGAAUCGGCUGCACAAAUGACUGAAGCCUCAACUGUGCUUGCUCAAAUCGGAACUCUCAUAUCUGGCCAAUGUUUUCCCUCUCACUCCAGAGGCGCAUUGUGCUGAGAGCGAGAUCAGCUGCUGGUUGAGACAUCACAUUAUGCGUUGAAUUGGGUCAUUACCGUUUCUGCAGCUUGUGCUCUAAAUAGGCAUAACUGUAAGAGGGACUGCCCUGUGGCCUCUCGAACCCACUGCUGGUAUUUGUGUUUUAGUGUGUCAUCCUUUGAGGUGCCAUGACCUAUACUGUAUGUGUGUUGAAUAAGUUUUGUUUGGAGGAGGUGUUCAUGUGUGAAUUCAAAAUGAGUAAACCUAAACAAACCUUGCACCCUUUCACCAGCUUUUUAAAGUGCACAGAGAAUUUCUUGUGCGUUUCUUGGAUGAAUAAGUGUGGCAUGAAGAAUGCAGCAGCAUCAUCUGGUAUGUAAAGUCUGCUAAAAUGCCUCGCAUACUCCAAGUCCUGGAGUACCGCAGCACAGUUCACACCUUUUUAGCGUGGGUGGAGAGUAAAAUUGAUGCAGAGUUAUGAGCAAACAAUAAUACAAUUUUAUAUAUAUAUAUAUAUAUAUAUAUAUAUAUAUAUAUAUAUAUAUAUAUAUACACGUAUGUGUAUAUAUAAAAAUCUGAAUACACUUGUCUGACAGUACUUGCUUUUGUAUGUACUUUUAGUUACAAGAAGCAGAGUAUUUCCUGUAUUGCACAUUGGUUUUUUUUUUGUUGUUGUUUUUUUUUUUGUCGUCGUAUCAAGGUGGUCAUAUCUAGGUGAAAGUUUAUGUAUAUUACGUUAUUUUUUUUUAACCACAGCCAUCCAGUCACUGAGGUCACUUCACAUAUGCCUGUGGUGGAAAAUUUAUCCAAUAUAUCUAUAGUCCAAAAUAAAUAAUUUACAUACCCAGGUGGGUAGAUAAUGAUCGUUCCAUGAUCUAGGUACUGCUGUGGAAACCGAGCUGGUUCCUACUGCAAGUUUUAUUUGUAUAUGUUCAUUGCGACUUCUACAGUCACACUGUUCAGCCCACUGGAGUACUUUUUCAAUACUUUUUCAUGAGUUCAAAUCCCCCAAACACCAAGCUGCCACUGCUGAGCCCUUGAGCAAGACCGUUAACCCUCAACCGCUCAGUCAGUCACGCUGGAUAAGGGUGCAUUCUGAAAAUAUGUAAAAUGUUAGAGGAAAUUCAAGAGUCAACUGCUUCUCUGGCUUCUGGUGUAAAUAUGGAAUGCUAAAGAAGUGCUUUAAACAGCAAUUAAUCCAAAACAUCUAAAAAAUAAUAAUUCUUCAGAUAUCCCUGAGAACAGUGUGAGGAUCCAUCAAACAAAUCACAUGGAAUAAACAACACCGGUCCAGCUGCUCAUUCACACAAUCAGCCAAUCAUGGCAUGGCAGCACAAAAUUUUACUGACACUGGUCAGGAACAGUUGAAACUCCUGUUUAGCAGUGGCAUGGUGGUUGUUUCCAGAUGGUUUACACUUUAUAUAUCUAGUGAGGAACAGAUGAAAGAGGUCAGAAAGAAUGGCGAGACUGGUUCGAGUUGACAGGAUUUUGACCAGGAUUAUCAACCAGUCUUUACAACCUUGCGAGAUGUUCCAAUUCUCAUUAUGGACACCAAAGAUCCUGAGGCGGACAGGUUGCACGGACACGCGGCUGUAGGCUUGGAGGCGCGCGGACAGAGGAAGCUGCCGAGGCUGCUGUUCACUCACAGCGUCCUGACAUGCGCGUGCGCCGCGCUCUGCAUGUACACCAUCUACAUAGUCCACCGCGACGCCCGGCCAAAAACACCACCGCUUGUGGACAAAGGGAUAUACCUGAGCAUGUUGAAAGCAGCAGCUUCAAACUCCAGCCCUUACCUGAACUUCACUGUGACCUGGAACAAUAGUCUGAAGCUUGAGCAUGGCAGUGAGGUCAUUGUGCCUCUGGCAGGCCCCUAUGUUUUCUACAUCUGUGUUCAUGUGGAAGGCAAUGGCACCAAAGGCAACCUGACUCUGUCACAGGGCCAAACAAAAUUCUCCUUUGAACUGAUAGCCCAACAAGGCAAAAAGUGUGUGAGACACCAGACAGUGAUUAGCCUAUACGAAAACGAGAAGGUCACCUUCACUUUCAGUAACACAAUUGAGCCAUAUCUCUACCUGGAUGAUCUCCGGGUUGGCCUACACUACUUGCUGGGAGCCCAAGAAAAUGAUACUCCAGAAUAUGACUGACAAGCCUAAAGGAAUUAUUAUUCUAUGCCAAGUUUUCCAUACCCUGCUCAAGUUAAAACAUAAAGAAUUUGGUUAUGGAUUAUUUCUUAUUAACACUGAACAUUUGCCUCACAGCUAAUUUACAUGGUGUUAAGUUAGUAUCAGGCUGAAUGUGUUGUCUGUUGCUUAUAUGUACAUUUACACUGGACCGAUGGAUGCCCAUUAGGCCAACAGUAACAACAAAACAGAACACAUUAUUAAAUGGAAAUGGGAAAAGACAUUCCUACUUUUCAGAACAGAAUAUAUUUGAAGUUUCAUUUAAAUAAGCUGCAGAUUUAGUUUUUAUGAGCAGUAGCUCUAAUUUAUUGGCACAGCUUAUUUGGUUUUGAGGCUUAUUGCCAUUUUGUGACAUCUGCAUCAUAUUGUUACAGUAUGUAAUUGAAAUCUGUUGGUAUGGUUUGCAUUUAUUAGAACAUAUUUCUAGCCUCAUUUUGAAAUGAAUACAAGUGUUCAGUUGGGAAUUAUUUGUAAGCUGGGAAGGCUUGGAAAAUGGCUAAUUCUUUACUGUAUAAUGCAACAAAGCCAUGCCGAAAUGUAUUCUAUAAUAGAAAAUAUGUAAAUCAAUACCAUGUUAUGUAUUAAAGUUUACACAUAUAUAGAUGGAUGAAUGUAUAUUUGAGUUUAUAUUUAAUAGUAUUUGCUUGCCUACUGAUUUUUAAGGCUGUUUUAAAGCUUUGCACUUACUAUAUUAAUUGAAAUGAUGAUAAUGUUAAUGUUAACAUGGCAAUGUUCUCAAUGUUUAUUUUAUGACACAUGGAUUUAUUUACACCAAAUAUUAUAUAACUGGUAACGAAUAUCCAAAGUGCUAAAAAAAAUAUGGAAGGAAAUAUUUAAAUAACUGAACACUUGUUAAAAAUCACUAAUUCCAUGUUCUAUUUGAUCCAAAUUUUGUAUAUGAUUUGUUUUGUCUCUAAAUACUUUAUUUACAUAGCAAAUUUUGCACCUCAU